UCAAUUGAUUACUGUUUGUCAAAGUGUAGGUGGGUAAUAAAAAAUACAUAACCACCGGUCAAGUACAAAUGUUUCGCACGGCCACUUCGAUUGCCCGCGGCGUUUCAGCAUUCGUGAAGCAAACCUCUUGCGCGUUACACACAACUACAGCAACUAUGGCUCCUGUAAAGGUUGGGGAUAAGUUGCCGUCUGUGGAUCUAUUUGAAGAUUCGCCGGCAAACAAAGUGAAUAUUUGCGAGUUGACCGCUGGCAAGAAGGUGGUUCUGUUUGCGGUACCGGGAGCGUUCACGCCUGGCUGCUCAAAGACGCAUUUGCCCGGCUACAUUCAGAAUGCCGACAAGAUGAAGUCUGAUGGUGUCGGGGAAAUCGUUUGCGUCUCUGUUAACGACCCCUACGUAAUGGCAGCUUGGGGUGCUCAGCAUAACACCAAGGGAAAGAUUCGCAUGUUGGCUGACCCUAGUGGCAACUUCGUAAAGGCAUUGGACCUCAGCACCAAUCUACCACCGCUGGGUGGGCUUCGCUCCAAACGCUUCUCCAUGGUGAUUCAGGACAGCACAGUCCAGGAGUUGAAUGUAGAGCCAGAUGGCACUGGACUGUCCUGCUCCCUCGCUGACAAGCUUAAAUAUAAGGAGUAAAUUGUAUUCCCAGUUAUUCAUACUGUAUAAGUUAUUUUUUCAUCAAAUCAUCUUGGUGACCUUUUUUAUUGUUUAGGAUCACUUGUAGUUUUAUUGCGUAUUCAAUUGUAUGUUAAAUGCAUAUCCUGUUUGCUUUUGAUUAACAUUUUCUCAUUAAUAUGUUAAUUUAGCAUUUUCCAAUAUCAACUUAUUUGAUACAAAGUGUCAAGUAAUCAUUACUUAUGGUAAAAAGUUAAAACAAGUAGUUCAGGUAACUUAGUUAUCUGUCUACAUUUUUAUGUUUAGUUUAAAAUUAACUUGUUGAUUUAUAUUAAAAUGGGUUGGCAGGUUCCUUAAAAUUUCUAUUAUGCAUUUGUAGAGUUAAUUGCUUCAUAUCAAAAGAUAUAAUCUCAUAAAUUGUCUGAAAACACUUAGCUUUACUCUCCUUAUAGACUGUUGAAGCACUCCUUGUGAUAAAAGAAAAAUAAAUAUUGGAUUUAGACAUAAAAA